GCUUUACCUUCGGUCGCCGCUAAACGGACAUAUCCCUUCGCACAUGCGAUCCUCCGAGGUCAUGAUGCUCGGUCACCGAUCUUUUUGGGCUUCAAAACACUGGUUUUUCGGAAUUCAUUUUUCAUCUGCGAGCGGUUGAGGGAAUUUGGGGUAGCCCUUGAACGAGGGGGAAUGUGAAGCUUUUCACCAAACCCCAAACCCCUAUGCCCUUGUAUGCACACCCCAGUUGUGGUUCUGCCAAAGGUCAUGCCGGAGACCGCCCAGUUCAUGUGUAUUAUCCAAUAAUAACUGAGGCGAUUAUAAUCUUGAUAUCCGUUCUUGGAGCCGAUUGCAGGCUCUUGUCCACCUCUAAUAAGCCGCAUCAUGAACUCCAUGUAUCGUAACCCACAAUCCUGAUGGAACACUGCGAACCGAUCAAUACUGUCGCAUAUUCUAGUACGGCGCAGACGGCUAUGCAAACGCCCAUCUAACCGUGCAAGCGUCCUUCUUCUCGUCCUUUCGAGCUUGAAGUCUAACUUGCUCUUUGCCGAUCGUUGAUCCCGGAGCCGGCGACCCCAGACCCGCUAUCCGCCGGGUAUCACCAAGCCCGGUCAAUUCCCAUCUGAUGGCUGAACCUGGGCAUGUGACAGCAUGUCUCAAGUUUUAUGGGAGGUUCAAGGCCGAUGAUUUUAAUGAGAUUUCUAUACAAGCAUAAUAGACCAUUAGAAGGAAACAAAAGAUCAGAGCACAGAGGGCUCUACAAGACAGCCUUGAGCUGGUCACAGUUCCGUUCUACAAUCCUUUUUACAAUGAUGCUCCUUCGUUAGCCUACUGCUUAGGUACUCAGUUGUUGUCACAAUGACAUUUGGGGCCUUUUAUCAUGUAGACUUUCCUAUUUUACCUUGUUCAAUUUUAUUGUUUAGUCGUUUUGUCUUUCGUUACUUCCCUUCUAUUUCUACUCAUAGUCUCUCGAAUUUGAUUUCUAAGUCGCACAAUGCCUUGCUUUGUCUCUGACUCGAAAUGGUCGUGAUAUCGUGCCGUCUUCAGAUUCAACCUGUGGCUGUAGUGCCCCGCAUCCGUCUUAUCAGCUUAUCGGGUCAGCCCCACCAGAACUUUUUUCGAAAAUCGCCAACCUCAACGACCGCCUAGGUAGCUUGAAGUAUUGAAGUUACCAAUAUCACAAUCUGGAAUAGCAUACUCCAAGAACCGCAUUCGUCCAAGUCACCGCGAAGAUGGGUGUCACAAACAAGAAAACAAUCACCAAGACAAGGCGCAAGACUCGAGACGUCGACCAGGUCAAAGCCGACCUCAUGUCACCCAAGCAUUUGAAGCAAUUCAUGGAGACGAAGGCUGCUGAGGAUCUUCCCGGCCUUGGGCGUCACUAUUGCGUUGAGUGCUCCAAAUGGUUUGAUACGGAUGCUACUCUGGUAUCGCAUCAAAAGGGAAAGCCUCAUAAGAGAAGAGUCAAGCAGAUCGCCGAAGGGCCAUACACUCAACAGGAGGCUGAAGCUGCCGUCGGCUUGCGAACAGACAACGGCGACCGAAAGCGCACAUUUGCCGACCAAGACAAUGAUGUUGCCAUGGACGCCUAAAUCUUGUCCGAUAAAAUUCUUCAUAGCACGCUAAAAGGGGGAUACAAAAUCCUAGGGCGCAUCGGAGCUGGGCUUGAUUUUUGACAUUGCAAACGGCGUUUUGAAAUAUUUCUGUCGAUAUCCCGAUUAAAUUCACCUAACACCACGACCACGCGCUCUGGCCAGUCCACUAGGCCGGCUACGUCCAACACCGCGAGUCGACCUUCCCCGAGACGACGUUCCUCGACCAGGGGCAGCAGGAAGACGUGAUUGUCUUUUUGGAGGCUCUGGUGUGGUGAAUUUGGAAGACUUGGUGGUAGUGGGAGGAUUCUCAACAAAGGACGUGUCGGUGGUCCUAGAGGCUAGUUAGAAGGGCCAACAAAGGGUGUUUACGUAGAAGAUUUACAUGAAUGUCAUUUCUGCCUCAGCCUCUGAUUUUGAUGGGGUCACGGCGGGUUGUUCUGGUUGAGUCCGGUCUCUGCGGAAAGAUUCCGGGACAGGUCCCUGCGAGAAUAAGCUUUAGAAUAACAAAACCGUACAUAUCCAACACGGAUAAAUUCGAUAGACAUACCUCUGGGAAAUCAACACAAAAGGCAUUCAUGUUCAGGCCAUAAAGGAAGCU